GAUGAGCACCAUCUACGUGGACUCCAGGCGCCGUGUCUCGGGCUCCGACAGCAACUUCACCUUCGAGCUGCCCGAGACACUGCACAUGCAGUCCAGCACCAAAAUGGCGGUUUACAAGGUUCGCAUCGCCGACGCCUUCCUGUCCACAGACAGGGGCCGGAAUUUCUACUGGAUCGACGAGGCCCUGGGCACCCUGAACACUGCGCAGCUGCCCGUGGGCGCCUACACCGGCACAAGGCUGGCCGCGUGGAUCUCAAGCAAUUACGCCUCGGCCACCUACAUGGAGGCGCAGAACUCGAUAGAAGUUGCAUCGGACGGGAACCGCCGAGUCUUGUCAGACGCGGAGCUUCUGAACCUCUUCCCCAACGGGCCCGGCUACCCCCCAGGCGCCUACGCCACGCGGCCCCAGAGCAUCAACCAAUUGCUGGGGGGCAGCUACCUCGACGGGGCCCUCCAAAUCUUCCCUUGGGUCAGCAUGAACGCCUAUAACGAGGUUUAUCCUCGAUCCAGGGAGCUGGGAACCAUGAUGCCCCUGGAGCGGCGGAACGAGCCGCAGAUGCUUCGCAGCUUCUGGAAGCAGUACCCCUCCUACAGGGCGCAGCCGCUGCUCUACAACGAGCUAGAAGCCCGCGCUUUCAACAAGUGGUUGGAGAGCCGGCGGCUGCGCAAGGAGGGCGAGGAGUACACCGACGCCGUGGGCCGGCUGACAGACACCGUCAACCGCCGCCUGCCGCAGCUGAGGUACGCCCCCGCUGAACGGGCCGGCGUGCGCCGCGCCGCACAGGACGUGGCCUCAGGACGGAACACCCAGGAGUCGGGCAUCGUGGGCGGCGUCAUGUAA